AUGCGUUUCACAGCAAAGGUGAAGGUGGAGCAGGGCGACGCCUCGGGCUCCUUCGUGGCCGCCCAGCCCCCCAAGGAGACGAUGGUGGAGCUCUGCCGCGACGCCUGCGGCCUGCACACCCUGGUGCUGCACACCAAGCCGCGCCCCCUGGCCCUGCCCUGCAAGGCCCCGCUCGUCCUGUACGGUGGGAGCGCGGCCCAGGGGCGGCUGGGCAUGCGCUUCCUGGCCGUGAAGACGGAGGCGUGGCGGUCGGUGCCGCGCUGCGUCCAGCUCACGCUCACUUCAGCCGAUGCUGCGGCGCUGUGCGGCCUGCGGGACCGGCUGCACGCCUGCCUGGGAGGCGGGCCGGUCAAGGCCUCUGGGCACGUGCCAGUGCCCACGGGGUCGAAGACGAGCGCGCAGCCCCCGCGCCGCCCGCUGGCGGCACGCGACCUGAACGUCACGGUGAGCGAGCCGCGGCCAGCGCCGUCGCUGGCCUCCACCUGCUUCUUCGGCGGCGGCCAGGUGAAACCCAGGCCCGCAGCCUCGGGGUCCAGGCCCGCCAGCUCGGCGGUGUCGUCGGGGUCGCGGAGGAGUGUCGCCUCUCGGCCCUGCCAAGGCGUCACAGACCUAUCCCCCGAGCAGCAGCGGGCGGUCGCCCUGGUCCGCGCCGGGAAGAACGUGUUCUUCACAGGUUGCGCCGGGACGGGCAAGUCGCGGCUGCUGGCGGCCAUCAUGUCGGUCCUGCCCCCCUCCACGACCUUUGUCACGGCCAGCACGGGCCUGGCAGCCUGCGCGCUGGGCGGCACCACCAUCCACGCCUUUGCCGGGGUGGGCAGGGCGGAGGGUGGCAUAGACGCCAUGGCGGCGCGGGCCGGGCUGGGUGAGAGCGCGCAGCGCUGGCGCCGCGCCGCCGCCCUCAUCAUCGACGAGCUGCCCCCGGUCACCCGCGGCUCGGGGCGCCGCGCCUUCUGCUUCCAGUCCCCCGCCUGGGAGCGCUGCGUCCAGGCCAGCGUCGUGCUGUCUCGCGUGUACCGCCAGGCUGGGGACGAAGGCUUCAUCGCCCUGCUGGGCCGCCUGCGCGUCGGCGCGGCGACCGCGGCCGAGCUGGAGGAGCUGCAGCGCCGCUGCGCGCCGCGGGCAGGACCGGCGGACGCCCCAGAUCCUGCCCCUGGUACGGGCGCCUUCGCGCCGCCGCCGCCCGCCGUGCUUUCCACGCACCUGUUCACGCACCGCGCCGACGUGGACGCGGCAUGA